AUGUCAGAGGCUUUGCUGAAGUUCAGGAUCCUGAAGUCCACCAUCUCAGUCACUGCAGCCAAGGCUGCCUUUGACUUUCACAUCCACAGCGAACACCUCCUUGCUGGUGAGUAUGAGGUCCAGCAGACCACUGUUCCUCAUUGGUUUCUGUAUCACUUGGAAGAUGUCACCAGUUCACUGCAGGAACCUCCUGGCUUGCUUAGGUCCUGCCGUGUUGUCCCUCCAACCGAUAUCAGAGUGGCUAAAGUUCCUCGUGAGGACCAGGGCCUGGGAAUGGAUGCUUCCUUUGGUACUUGCAGUUUUCAUCUGACAUUGCUGGACUGUUUUCAUGCAAUAAACAAGGCUUUGCAGCAUGGUUUCCUGGAUUUCAAUACGUUUGAUGUAAAUGAAUAUGAGCAUUAUGAAAGAGCAGAAAAUGGAGAUUUUAACUGGAUAAUACCAAACAAAUUCAUUGCCUUCAGUGGACCUCAUUCAAGAAGUAAAAUUGAAAAUGGCUAUCCCCACCAUGCUCCAGAGGCUUAUUUCCCAUACUUCCAGAAACAUAAGGUCACCACGAUAAUACGCCUCAACAAAAAACUGUAUGAUGCCAAACGAUUUACAGAUGCUGGAUUUGAGCAUUUUGACCUCUUCUUUGCUGAUGGAAGCACACCUAGUGAUACUAUAGUUAAAACUUUCCUAAAUAUUUGUGAAAAUGCUGAAGGUGUUGUGGCCGUUCAUUGCAAAGCUGGUCUUGGACGAACUGGCACACUUAUUGCCUGUUAUAUCAUGAAGCAUUAUCAGAUGACAGCUGCUGAAACUAUUGCCUGGAUUAGAAUAAAUAGACCUGGUUCAGUGAUUGGACCACAACAACACUUCCUGAUGGACAAACAGGCAGAACUCUGGACAGAAGGAGAUAUUUCCCGUGCAAAGUUGAAAGGAAACCGUAAAAUUGCUGUAACAAGAAUUCUGUCGGGAGUAGAUGAUAUUUCAAUUCAUGACAUGAGAAACAGGAGAACCAUCCGAAAGGACAUUGAACUGUACAGUGAUGAAGAAGAAACAAACUGUCUAACACAAGGUGAUAAGCUUCGUGCUCUGAAAAGUAGAAGGCAGGCAAAAUCUCCAACUGCAUCUACGCUAACCAGCCAAACCGUCACAAGGACUAGAACAGUAUUGCGUUAAAUUUCAAAUAAGCAACCAGUGUUGAAGAGGAUAUUCAGGAAUGAAGGGGAUAUGACUAGAGGGGACUCGAUGCAAUUCAAGGAAGAUUACCUGGGCUCCAUUUUCCAGCAAAAGCGAAACAGAAGAAACUCUUCUGUACUUGCAGAAUAAAAUGAACUGUCAGCAUGCUUGGUAGUCAUCUUCCUAAUGUGCUAACACUUCCUCAAACAAAACCUACAAAAUCUGUGUACAUUUAGACUCAGGUGUAAAUACUUAAGCUCUCUAUUAUAGAGAGGGCUUGCUAGUAUAUAUGAUGCAUGUGUAUAAAUUGUGAUGGCAAUCACUUAGCUGCUGACCACCAGAAAUGGAAAGAUGGUGGGAGCUUUUAAAUAUAUAAAGCUGUGUUGUCCAUUCAGACUGGGCUCAAGUC